CAAUUGGAGACCAUUACUGUUUACAUAUUUGUAGUUGUCAUGUCGGCUUCUGCAGUUUAUGAAACAGUCACUGACACCAGGACGGCAUGGAGCUGCUACUUAGGGCGACGAGACCGGCGCUGAAAAGCAUGUGUGCACUUUCACAUGUAAGAAACGUACAUCGGAGUCCUCUGCGGCUGUUCCCUCUUGUCCCCAUCGUGGUGGAGCAGACGGGCCGCGGUGAGAGAGCAUACGACAUUUACUCCAGAUUGCUUCGGGAGCGCAUCAUCUGCGUCAUGGGGCCGAUUGACGAUUCCCUCUCCAGCCUGGUGGUCGCUCAGCUCCUCUACCUGCAGUCGGAGAGUAACAAGAAGCCUAUUCACAUGUACAUCAAUAGCCCAGGGGGCUCGGUGACAGCCGGCUUGGCGAUAUAUGACACCAUGCAGUAUAUACUGAAUCCUAUUUGUACGUGGUGUGUGGGACAGGCCGCUAGUAUGGGGUCUCUUCUCCUAGCAGCCGGUUCCAGCGGAAUGAGACACUCGCUGCCGAACUCCCGGAUCAUGAUCCACCAGCCCUCUGGAGGGGUCAGGGGUCAGGCCACAGACAUCGCAAUACAGGCUGAGGAAAUCCUGAAGCUUAAGAGGCAAAUUAAUGAAAUUUACGCUAAACACACGUCACAGCCGCUGUCGCUAAUCGAGUCCGUGAUGGAGAGAGAUCGCUACAUGAGCCCCACUGAAGCCCAGGAGUUUGGCAUCCUGGACAAGGUGCUGGUGCACCCACCUAAAGAUGGAGAAGAUGAACUGGAACUGGUUAAAAAAUCAGAGGAGCAGCCACCACCCACUGAGCCUUAGUGAGAAGAGAGGGGAAAAGCAGAGUUGCCUGAUUUCCCUCUAAAAACAUUAGUAUGUGCUGCCUAAUCCUGAAGUUUCCAGUCUCCUCGGUAGAAUAUCACAUUAAGCAGCUUCCAGCUACCAGAGAAGAUGUCGACUGGGAUAUCUCUCCUCUUACCACCGCCAUCAACCGUGGGAAAGGGGCGCGCCAUCAUCUCCGACCUCGUCUCCCUCCUGCUCUUCUUCCAGUCUCGUUGAAGAGAGGAAAAUAAAUUUAUUUUCACAUAGAUCUGUCUGUUGAGACCUGUAUGGUAACGGUAAGCUGCUGGCAAGGAGAGGGAUAAGGGUUUGUUAGAAAAUGUGCUGGAGUCAUUUCCUUGUAUCUGCUUAAAUGGGAAAUCCAGAUACAAUAAUUGUUUUCUCCCGUAUGGCAAUUAUUUUCUUCGUCCUCCGAGAUUUGGUGUUAUUCCGGGGUGUCCCCUUCUUCCGGUCAUCUCACGUAGGUUGUGGGUGGUGCACAGGAACCAGCAUAAUAGACAGCUCACUAUUAGCGUCCGUCUGACGUUCUGCCAACCCAAGGCCACCUGGAUAAAGAGUUUCAUAGACGAGUAGUAAUUGUGCUUAUAUAAGGUCGCACCUGUGCACACACCAGACCGUUCCCUAUAGACGACACAGACAUACACACCACUCUGAGAUGUUUCUUCUGUACUAUAUGGAAUUGUUAAAACCUAUCGGUCUAGAAGAGGGGGAAUGGAUUUGGUGUAUAGAAAAUCAGUGUGGGGCCUAUUGGUCACCAUUUCCUAGAUAAAUUGUUCUCGGUCUCCUCAGUGUUGUCCUUCCCCACCAGAUUUCUGCUAAUCCCCGAUGCCUGAAAUACCCAUGAGAUAUUGGGACCUGGUGAUCCCUGCCUAACAAGGUUCGUUGCGGCGGUCACAGCUGUGGUGGGGGGGGGGUUUUGUCUGUGUGACCAGGUCUACAACUCUCUGCUGUCAUAAAACCGCCCAUCCCCCACCACGGUCACAACACCCACUCCGUGCAUAGUGAUAUAAUAGAACAAAUUUACAUUUAUUUUGAGUACAUUUUCACAAAUUGUUUCUAAUUGGAUUUACUGAUUACUUUUUUUUUCUUUCUAUGCUGUCUUGUGGUAAUAAAGCGAUUAUAUUACA